CCCCCCCCCAAUUUGGGACCAAUAGAGACGCUGCACCUGUAUCCAGUGCGCCUGUCCCGUUUGGAAAAAGUUGGCAGCGCAAUGGUUACGCUGCGUGCGUCUCAAGGGCAAAAGGAAAUGAGGAAACCGAUCACAACAACAAAUGAAGGCUCCCACCUUUCCAGCCCUCUCUCUCUCUCUCUCUGCCUGUCUGCGGACUGUACCCCGCUGCCGUUCCGCCGGCUCUGCUGUAGCUGCGCUGCCAUGUCAGUCGAGGAUGUUAAUCUAGGUUUAUUUAUAAGAGGAUAAAAAAAAAAACGGGGAGAUGCGCCUGGAGGGGCAACGUCACAUUUUCAGUGGGAGCGACAGUGUGGAGAGGCUGUGACCGAGCCGGGGAGAGGAGAUAUGCGGCAUUGUCACUCCGCACGUCGGCCCAGAGCGUCGGAUCAUUACCGGAUAAACGUCCUAUAGCUGGAUGAUGUGAUUUCUCUUUUUUUUCCAGACACACAGAGGAUUUAUUGUCGCACCACGUUUCAACGAGAACCUGGAUGAUCCCUCAGUCACGCCACCCUGGACCCCCCCAGACCAUGGUUUCAUGGGAUUCAGGUGCCCUAAAUUUAAUAUAGGCAGGCAAAGUUUAUUCAAGUGUCACCAAAAUACCUGGAUUUUGGGGUUAUGGUGCCUCGCUUAGAUAUUAAAUAAUGACUUAAGAAAGGCGCAUUUUGUCUGUCUACAUGACUGGAUGAAUUUAAACAACAGCCCACUCCAGUGUCUCUCUGAAUAAGCGAAUAUAACAAACUAUAAUCAGAGUUUAGAUCGGAUUGCUUCCCUGUAUAGUUUAGUGUCAAAUGCAGCAAAAUAAAGUUAUUAUUCCAACACUGAGGAUGCCACCCUGGGAGUCCUUUCAAGGAAGGGAGACUGGAGAAUGAAAGUGGGAUUUCUGCGUCUUUAACCGGACACUGAGACGAAGAAAGGAGCGACUGAGAGACAGAGACAAGCCACUCUCUCUCUCUCUUUUUUUUUUUUUUUUUUUGGAUUGGUCCAAAAAAUAUUUUUUGCGUGCCCCUUGGACUCCUGCACAAUGGGGAUUAUGCUUCAAGUUAUUCUAGGAAUGUUUCAGUUCCUGCUGCUCACCAGAAUACCGACUUCUCAUGCCAAGCUCGCUCACUGGCGUCCGGCAGACUCCCCCAAAUCCAGAGAAGGUCGAGAAGUGCGGCGCUGGUUGGAGGUGUACUCCAGAAGCGGAUGUGAGCCUCGGGACACUCUGGUGGAGGUUUGGCGGGAGUUGCCGGGGGAGACCCACCACCUCUUCAUCCCGUCCUGCGUGUCGGUGAGGCGAUGCGGCGGCUGCUGUGCCGACGAGGCCCUGGAGUGUGUGCCCUCGCUCACGCACACGCUCACCAUGGAGCUGAUGAGGACCUCCUUCAUGAAACAUGAGCUCAUUGAGUUGCCCUUUGUCGAGCACAGCCAGUGUGAGUGCAGAUUAAAAGAACAAUUCCAGCCAACACCUACGACAAGGCUGCAUGUGAAGCCAGCAAGAAAAGACAAGAAAAAGGAAAAGGGAAAGUCCAGACAGAAGACGAGUGGAGUCAUCAGAGCUGCGACCCCUACUCCCCCAACUCCUCCACCCCCGUCCUCUCCUCCCCCUCCUCCAUCACCUCCUCCCACCAUCUUCUCUCCCCCUCCGUCUUCCUCUCCGAGGCCUUGCUGCCGCCCCUGCAAAGGGAGGAAGUGGGCGUUGGAUGCGACGUCGUGUCAGUGCCGCUGCACCAUCAGACCCGAAAGCUGCAGCCAGAAAGGUCGGAGGCUCAACCCUCACCGCUGCAGGUGUGAAGCCAUGAGGACUUGACGUACCCACCCCACUUUCCUUUCUCCUUCUCUCCACCUACCCCUGCUGAUUCAUUGUCCACUCUCAGCAUCGCUGCCAUGGAGCAUACAGACGCUUGGACAUCCAGUAUCUCAGAUUGAAGGAAAAAUUAGCAGAAGAAGCACACACAAGAACCUGUAGUAGCGCUCUAGAAAGCAACACGUGCAGCAUUACAGCCUCAAUAUACUGUAGAUCUACGUGUCUGUCUCUGUGUGUGUGUGUGUGUGUAUGUGUGUGUGUACAGCCAAACAUCUUACCACCUCCUCACUUCUGCGGAAAAGCUCCCAUCAGUCCACACCUACAUGCAUGUAGAGACGUGUAGAGUCACAAAACUCAUCCCAUGGGUGGAGGAAUGAAAGUGGCAAAAACAUGCCGACUUUGAGAGACGAGGAAAUAACCAGAAAAAAAAUCUUUCUCGGGUGGACACGAGCCUGAGGUUCAACAUUCUCCUGUCCUGCUGUGGCUCGGAGGAUGGACUCAAGAAGUUCUUAACGCCUGCAGCCUGAACCUAUAAAUACAAGAGAACAGUGGAAGCAGGAAUGAUCAAACCAUACCAGAACAGAGGUGAAGUGGACCGGUCUUGUGCAGGUGUUGACGCUCUAGUGGAAGUUCUGACUUGGUUACUCACAAGUAGACUGCACAUGGAGACGUUAACCCAAGGCUCAAGUUUGUGCAAAGGAUUUGAAAAACUUCGGGCACAGAUUAGCGGUGGACACAUACACACUCAGACAUACCAGAGGGACACAGGACAUGCACAUGAACUGGCACCCCAGUGUGCACGGAUCUAUAAUUGAGCUGAAUACUGGGAUGGAGUGCAUCUGUGUGGUCUCCCCCCACUGAAAGACCCAGAUGGGUUAUCCCUGCAGCCGUUCUCUCUCAUUCAAAGCUUAUGACCACGGGCUGGCUCUCCAAGCCGCUUUCCGGAAUUUGUUUAAUUUGGGCCCUUUGUCUCCAUCUUUUUUCGGCACCUCGAUUGAAAGCAGCCGCUUUGCCUCUCUUUCAGGCAGUGAGGAGAAUAACAAUAAUGAGGCCUGGCGGCUGUCCACCACUUCACACACAAACAUUCACACUUAUAAUACCAGGAACACAGAUGACACCGCAAACGCAGACACACAAAACCUCACUCACUCUGUGCUGUAGCAGGCACACAAACUUACAUACAUAUAUAUUAUAUAUAUACACACACACACAUGCAAUGUGAAAUGAAUGCAGGUAGCCAUAAGCUUAUGUUAAGUCAGUGCCACACCAAGUGUGCAUAUAAAUGUUAUUUGUUUAUAUUUGCAAUUUAAUGCAAAGUCUUCAUUAAGUAUUGUGUUAUAUGCCUGUGUUUUAUAUUUUAUUAUAAUUCUGUCUCAUUGAUUGAAAAGAUAUUCUAUAUUGCAGAAUGUGUCUUUGUUUUGUUUUUGUUCAUCCUUAAUCCAUCUGCAUAAAGAGUCACGCUGGGUGGCCAGCUAUGUCUACGCUCAGCAUCUAAACCGAUACCCAAACGUAUUGAAUUUAAACAGAGACGGCUCACACGGGCCACAAAUGGGAGACUAUAUACAUUAUAAUGUGUAACUCAAACAAUCAGUGGGGCAGUGUUGUCUGCAGCUCUCAGAAACCAAACAAAUAGCAGUUCCCAGUGCAGUGAAAGGAAAACAUGGCUGUUGUUGUUGCAUGUUCGAGCCGGGAUGGAAAGAGUAUUAUUCAUUUGGAACAUAACUUGUUUAUAUUCCGACUGAAUCUCACAGCUAAACUCUGUGUUAGUUCACGACUGCCUGGCUGCUGGGUGGGAACUGGGAUUUGAACUGUGACUGGUUUCAGAAAGGAUGAGGUCUUGAGCAGCUUGUCAGUCAGCAUGACGAGCCAAAGCCGUAGCUCCGCUGCUGUGACGAGGACCCAUAAUGGCAGGUCAGGGAGUUGAAACCCAUUUUUGACGCCCAUUCAGAGCCUGUGUUAAAUUUUAGCGGUGACGUCUGAGCUCCAUGAGAAACAGAAGCUUUCAAACUCUGUGAUUCAUAUCCACACUCUCCCCCAGGAUUCAUGCCAUCCUGCUGAUUGAAGAACAGUCACCCAGAAACAGCGUGCAGUCCAGAGUCUGGAUUAUUUGUGUGUUAAUCUUGAAGCGAGAGAACUUUGUUUCAAUGGCUGGUGUGAUAAGCUCUGUAUUUAUACUCUCCUUAGAUGAGAUUAUUUUUUUUCCACACUCAAGUUUAUUGUUCAGUGUUUGUUAUUACUGUCAAUCAAUGCUUCAAUCACUACCUCUAUAUCAUAACAUGUUAAUGACCAAGUAUUAGAGCAUUGUUGUUACUUUCUCUGUGUUAUUUCAGACCUCUUUUAAGAUAAUGAUGUUUUUAUUUACAUUUAGCAAUAAGCACAGACUCCAGUGUAGAGACUCGGAGCUGCAGCAGAUAUGUAGUGAUAAUCACCUGUGUGGAGGAACCUAUAGGAGAUUUCUGAGAGCGUCUGAGUCUGAAGGGACACAUUUUUCAUAAGAGGAGAGCUGACCUGGUCCUCUGAGUAUAGACCUGACACUCUGUGAUAAUGUGGAACAGGAGAUGGUUUCCCAAAGCCCUUGUAGCCUCAAAGUAAUGGUGACUAUUGUUGGCUUUAAAGGAAUAGUUUGAUGUUUUUGGAAAUACACUUGUUGCAGAGAGUUAGCUGAGAAGACUGAUACAAUUGUCAUGACUGUGUAAUAAAUAUGAAGCUGAAACCAGCAGUCAGUUAGCUUAGCUUUGGAUAAACAGCUAGUGUGACUCUGUCUGGAGUUAAUAAAAUCUAUUUAGCAGUACAGCUAAAGCUCAUUAGCUUACACGUUAUAUCUCUUUUGUUUAAUUUGUAUAAAAAAAACAAAGUGAGUGACAAUUUGUAAAACCACAAAUGACAAUUUGUGGUGACAAUUUGUGGUUUUACACAGGUUAUGUGCAGAACCAUUUGUUGGCUCUGAACAUUUGCAACCAGCAAAGACUUCAGGAAAUCACUGCGGCUCAUAACCCCCUGUAAAAUGUUUUAUUGUAGUUUUUAAUCUUCAGCUUUUACCUGGAUUUAACAAGCUACAUAUAACAAAUUAAUUAGUGAGCUUUAGAGGUAUUGGUAGGCAGGUUUUGCCACCUGUGCGCAGAGCCAGGCUAACUGUUUCCCCCUGUUUCCAGUCUUUAUGCUAAGAUAAGCUAACUGUCAGCUGGUCUAGCCACAUAUUUUCCAUACAGACAUGACAAUGCUGUUAAUCUUCUCAUCUAACUCUCUGUAAGAAUUAAUAAGUGUAUUUCCUGAAAUUUUAAACAAUUCCUUUAAGUUUGUCUCAACUGUCUCUGCUUGUGUGUUUAUUAUGUGUGUAAACUGAUACAUUGUCCAGGCCUUCAUCUCUUAAUAAUAUUGCAUUUUGUGAACAAGCAAACAAAUGUUUUGGGAAACCACGAACCUCAGUACAGAUUGCACUUGUGUUUGAGAUUGCAAAGCACAUACUGUACAUUAGUCCACUGGGAAAAAAGAAAAAAAAAAAAAUCUUCUGUUGGCAAAUGGACUCGGACUGAAAAGCUCCACUCAUGCAGACAUGCAUGACAUAUCAAAGACAUUCCACUAAAAGAGUUGUGGUGCUGAGAUGAUGUUUUGGAGGCCUCUGAGGCUCCAACUCUUGUGACCAGAUUCUCUCAUGUUAAAGUACUAAUUCUGCAUCACAACUCUUUAAGAUAUACAGCUUCGACAUAUUAAUAAUAUCCUAUUCAAAUGUCCUGAUCUUGUGUCAGUAUCAAACAUCAGUGUGCUUUGUAUCUGCACAGUCUACAUUGUACUGUAAAGGUAGCCCUGUUCUAUCAUCCAGUGUCUUAGUAGCCUAUAGAGACCCCAUACUAACUAUAUAACAUUUUAUAAUCUCUAAUAUUCUGCCAUGACCUUGUGUAUGAUGUACAGCAGACAUUAGAAAUGUAUUUGUAUCUUCAUUUUAGCUGUACUUUGCAAUGAAUCUCUUCUCUGCAAAUACAUUGUACUACUGUAGCCUAUGUAUAAAGAAAAACCUACACUCUUUUUUUGCUGCUACACCAUUUGUGCCCUAUUAUGAUGUCUUUGUAGAAAAACAAUGCAGUUUUAUGUUGUAUUAGUAUAUAAAUGACAAUUAAUCGAUUCAAUGUCCACAUGAAAGUGUAUACUGCAUCGUCAAAUAUAUUGAAAAUGAUACCAGGAUACAACUGUUGAUGUUACAGAUGUUAUUAAAGGAAAUGUCUUAUUUUUCAUAUAAA